CCUCGCUGCCCCCGGCGCCCGCCCAUUGGAGAGGAGCGCUGUCCGUCCCGCCCCGCCACCGCCCAGCGAACCUCCAGCGCCGCGCAGGGCUCGGGCGGUGAGAGCAGCGCGGCGCUGGGUGCUGGCGGGAUUCGUUGAGACGCAGAGCGGACGCCGCCGGCGCCGGGUUGGGGGCUCGCAGCCUGCAGCCAUGACCCUCGCAGUCUGUCCUUCGGCUCCGGCCACGGGCGUCUAAUAUCCCACACAGUCGCGCGCAGCUGCCAGAGAGCCGGCCGCUGCCCCUUCGUCGCCCUUGGCGCCUUAUCACACUCCCUUUCCCGGAGCUGGGAGCAGCGCGGGCAGCCGGCGCCCCCGUGCAAACUGGGGGUGUCUGCUGGACCAGCCCCCGCCGCCGCCGCCGCCGCCCCCGGCUCUGGCCAUGGCCUGGCGGGGCUCAGUGCCGAGCGUCCUGGGGGCGCCCGGGGGCGUCGAUCUCAGUCUGCGGCUGCUGCUGCUGCUGCUGCUGUUGCUGCUGCUCCCGGGGCCAGCGCGAGGCUUCGGGGACGAAGAGGAGCGGCGCUGCGACCCCAUCCGCAUCUCCAUGUGCCAGAACCUGGGCUACAACGUGACCAAGAUGCCCAACCUGGUGGGGCAUGAGCUGCAGACAGACGCCGAGCUGCAGCUGACAACUUUCACGCCGCUCAUCCAGUACGGCUGCUCCAGCCAGCUGCAGUUCUUCCUUUGUUCGGUGUAUGUGCCAAUGUGCACAGAGAAGAUCAACAUCCCCAUCGGCCCAUGUGGCGGCAUGUGUCUUUCGGUCAAGAGGCGCUGUGAACCUGUCCUGAAGGAAUUUGGCUUUGCCUGGCCAGAGAGCCUGAACUGCAGCAAAUUCCCACCCCAGAAUGACCACAACCACAUGUGCAUGGAAGGGCCGGGGGAUGAAGAGGUGCCAUUACCUCACAAGACCCCCAUCCAGCCUGGAGAAGAGUGCCACUCUGUAGGAACCAACUCGGAUCAGUACAUCUGGGUGAAAAGGAGUUUGAAUUGUGUUCUCAAGUGUGGCUAUGAUGCUGGCUUAUACAGUCGCUCGGCCAAGGAGUUCACAGACAUCUGGAUGGCCGUGUGGGCCAGCCUGUGCUUCAUCUCCACUGCCUUCACAGUGCUGACCUUCCUGAUCGAUUCUUCCAGGUUUUCCUACCCUGAGCGCCCCAUCAUAUUUCUCAGUAUGUGCUAUAAUAUUUAUAGCAUUGCUUAUAUUGUCAGGCUGACUGUAGGCCGGGAAAGGAUAUCCUGCGAUUUUGAAGAGGCAGCAGAACCUGUUCUCAUCCAAGAAGGACUUAAGAACACAGGAUGUGCAAUCAUUUUCUUGCUGAUGUACUUUUUCGGAAUGGCUAGUUCCAUCUGGUGGGUUAUCCUGACACUUACUUGGUUUUUAGCGGCAGGACUCAAGUGGGGUCAUGAAGCCAUUGAAAUGCACAGCUCUUAUUUCCACAUUGCCGCCUGGGCCAUCCCUGCAGUGAAAACCAUUGUCAUCUUGAUCAUGAGACUGGUGGACGCUGAUGAACUCACUGGCCUGUGCUAUGUGGGAAACCAAAACCUCGAUGCCCUCACAGGCUUUGUGGUGGCCCCCCUCUUCACUUACUUGGUGAUAGGAACUUUGUUCAUCGCUGCAGGUUUAGUGGCCUUGUUCAAAAUUCGGUCCAAUCUUCAAAAGGAUGGGACAAAGACAGACAAGCUGGAAAGGCUGAUGGUCAAGAUUGGGGUCUUCUCUGUCUUGUACACGGUUCCUGCCACCUGUGUGAUCGCCUGUUAUUUCUAUGAAAUCUCCAACUGGGCGCUCUUCCGGUAUUCUGCAGAUGACUCCAAUACGGCAGUUGAAAUGUUGAAAAUUUUUAUGUCUUUGCUGGUGGGCAUCACUUCAGGCAUGUGGAUUUGGUCUGCCAAAACUCUUCACACGUGGCAGAAGUGUUCUAACAGAUUGGUGAAUUCUGGGAAGGUGAAGAGAGAGAAGCGAGGAAAUGGGUGGGUGAAGCCUGGGAAAGGCAAUGAAACUGUGGUAUAAGGCUACCCGGCCUCCAUACUUUCCAAAUGUUGAAGGUGGGAAUGCUAGCAUUUUGGUGCAAAAUGCGACAAAAAGUUUCAUGCAGUGAAUCUCAGUAUGAACCAACUGGCAACACUUAAGUGACCCCUUAAGCCACCGCCACCUGCCCCCCCCCCCCCACUCCCCAGCAAUCAUAAAAGUAAUGAUUUUGCUGCAGACUUUGGAAUGAUCCAAAAUGGAAAAGCCAGUUAGAGGCUUUCAAAGCUGUGAAAAAUCAAAACAUUGAUCACUUUAGCAGGUCGCAGCUUGGAGCGUGGAGGUCCUGCCUAGAUUCCAGGAGGGUCCAGGGCGAUGCUGCUUUUCCCUGCAGAGUGGGAUUUGAGCUGUGAGUAGAUAACUUGCAGGGAGAAAGAUGAACUUUUUUAACCCUUAAAAUCUUAAAUACUAACUGGGUCUGUCAGAUAGCAAAGCAAUCUAUAAACACUGGAAACACUGGGUUUAGAGAAGUGUUACAAGAGUUUUAUAGUUUGGCUGAUCUAACAUAAACAUUUUCUGUGGUGCGCUGUCUGCUGUUUAGAAUUUUGUGGAUUGCUCUCCCAAGAGGUGGUGUCAGAAUCUUUCAGUGCCUUUGUCAUAAAACAGAAUUGUUUGAAAAAACAAGAGUACUGUGCAAACACACGUAAGGUAUCCAGUGGAUUUUUCUUCUCUCUCUUCCUCUUAAAUUUCAACAUCCCUGUUCUAGGCUGCUGCUGUUUUCUUCAUUUUACAUUAAUGACUCAAAAUAGGUAUUUUUAUAGGAAUUUUUGCACUGCAGCAUGUCUAAUGAGGGGAAAAGUAAGGGUGAUUCACUUUCUGACAAUCAUUUAAUUCAGAGGAAAAUGAGAUUUACCAAGUCGACUUACCUUACCAACCCCAGAGACCUAUUGCAUUGAGCAAUGGGGACUUAAUAUAUUUUACUUUGUGUGAUUGCAUCUAUGCAGACGCCAGUCUGGAAGAGCUAAAAUGUUAAGUUUCUUGGCAACUUUGCAUUCACACAGAUUAGCUGUGUAAUUUGUGUGUGUCAGUUACAAUUAAAAGCACAUUCUUGGACCAUGACAUAAUAGCAUACUCAACUGACUUUAAAACUAUGGUCAGCUUGCAUUCUCAGAAUGAUAGUGCCUUUCUUUCCUUUAACAUAAGAAUGUUAUCGGAGUCUAGUCUACUACCACAGUGAAGACUUUUUCUGUUUCGUAGAGAGAAUUUAGGACAGCUAAUCCAACUAGUUGGUGCAUAAUUGUUUCCUAGUAAUUGGCAAAGGCUCCUUGUAAGCUUUCAUUGGAGGCAAUGUGGCCUGGAGUAUUUAUAUGGUGCUUAAUGAAUCUCCAGAAUGCCAGCCAGGAGCUUGAUUGGUUAGUAAGGAAUAAAGUGUAGACCAUAUGAAAUGAACUGCAAACUUGUAGCAGCACAGGUCUUAAUUGCCUUUUGCAGAGGUAUCCAGAGCUUUUAAAAUUUAUGCUUUAUGUUCCUCACAAUGGGGUACCCCCUAGCAGCCUCUCAAAAGUUGCAAUUCUUUUAAAAUUGUAACUGGACUUUCUCUUAACCUGCCUCAGGCCUUCUAAUCACCAGAUCUCUGGGACAAAUUGUUGACAAUGUCACAGGCUGCUCUCCUUGUAGCUCAUACCUAUCUUUGCUUCAACAACUACUUUGCAAUGACUCAUUUAUUUAUUCAUACCCCACCCCCUCCCUCUAAAAACAGGUAGGAAAUCUUUUAUCAUAUUUCUUUCUGGGAAAACAUUUCCAGGGACUCAAAAUCCCAAAUAGGUGGUCAAAUUCUGGAAGUAAGCAUGCCCUUUUUUGUUUUUGUAAGCUUUAUGCCCAUGGUUCCCAGGGUUUGACAUUUUCCUUUCUUCUUUCCUCUGUUUCUGGGGGCUCUUGAGUGGAGUCUGAGGCAAAGAUGCAUAUAAGAUCUGUUGUGUAUUUUGGAUGGGAAAGUCUUGGGGCUUUGAAGACAGAUGCUAAAUGGGCACGGGUGGCCCCUGGCAUGUGUGCUGAGCCCAAGUACCUUGGCUGGACUCUGGGUCAGGGUUCUAGGAGCAUGAGAAAUGAUCCCCAGAAGGACCGGUUGAACUCCAUCUGAGACUGAGUCGCCUAGGAAAUAUAAAAUGUGAACUCCGUGUGCUGCUUGCAGACAGUUCCCAUAGCUAGCCAGGGCCCUGGAGCAUGCGUCCCCGGGCGGAGCCUGCCCUUACUCACGCUCCACUCCAGUGUCUUGGGAGUUGUGCUGAGACUCUGGCCCAGGAAAGGGAAGAAGGAGGGUGCAGCAGGGCACUGGCCUGACUGCUAGGUUAUAGGGGUUUGUAAUGCAAUUUUGUUUGGAAUGUUUCCGCGAUUGUGUGCCCAAGGCAGCACCUAGCAGAGGGCCAGGCACAGAGUAGGUGCUCAAUAUUUGUGAACAAUGAAAUAAUAAUAAGAGUACGUGGGGGAAACUAUACACCCGAGUUCUGGAACCGUGGCCUGACAACUUUCUGGGUUUUAACCGAUCUCUUCUACAAAUCUCUUGCCUUCUCAGGGGAAAGUCUAUUUGAUCCGAAGUGGCUGUUGGUGCAGACGGGAUUAGUAGCCCUGGCAAUGUCACAGGGCUGCGGGCCUUUCCUUUCACAUUCCAGACAAUGGAGAGUGUUUAUGGUUUCAGGAAAGGAGCUUUGUGGCUGAGGAGUCAGUUACCUUGUUACCUUGACGCGACUCCAUCACCUUAAGUUGGUAUUUGUUUAAAAAAAAAAAAAAAAGUCAAUUAUUAGCACACUUACCACGUGCCAACCACGUGUAGAGCCUUGUGUUAGGCACCAAAGGGGACGUCGUGCAGUAUAAGCUCUGUCCUUCCAAAUGACGUGGACUGAGGAUUCUGGGUCUGCUGACUUGCUGUUGGUUUUUUGGGAAGGAGCAUGGGCCUCUGAAUUGUCAUCUGUUUCACUGUGUCCAUCCCAUAAACCUCUGCAAGUCAGUAACAGGGGUUUGACAGAAAUCAUCAGCCCUAUUUCAUGACAAUCUCUGUGGGAAUCCCCUCAGAAGGCUAUGAACAUUGGCUUAAAACAGACAUGAGCUCCCACACCUAAUGUGACUGUGGGGACAGGCACUUCAUGGCUUGGGUGUUCCAUGUAAUGAAUACAGGUGAAUUUGAGGACAUCUUGCUAGGGAAAAGGUUAGGGCUGUUUUUCUUUGAUAUCUAGAAUAAGUAGGUGUGAUUGUAGCUUCCUACCUCACCAGAAGUCAACUUCCUCUUCCUGAAGGAAGCUACAGUCACACUUCUGGAGAUUUUAUUCUACAGAGCCCAAAGGCACCACUGUCCACCCUCCACUCUGGCAAACUCCUCUUUAUCUUCCUUCAUAAAGGCCACACCUCAGGGCAGAGGAACAUGGGGUAGGGUGGAACUGACCUGAACCAUCUGGUUGAGCUACUUGGUUGAUUCAUAUCCUUUUUCCUCCACGGAGACCCGUUUCCUGAUCUCUGAGACUGCUUCUGAGCUGGCAGCUUGCUCGGGGUCCUGAAACCGGAGAAGGGGUGAUACUUUUUAUUUCCCUGAGAAGAUCUCUGAUUUUCCUCUCCCCAGUCACUCCGUCGCCUACAUCCCCAAAUCAGGGAAACUUCUGUGUUUAGGUUCUGAAUUGUGACUUUACCAGCACUCUGAACUCUGUCCUCUCUCAUCCCCCCUCAGCCUCCUGGUCACUGAAUUCAGGGCUUACUGUGUUAGGAACCAAGCUGGGACCUGAGGACACAGAGGAGUUUAGUAAUCUCAGCCCUGGAGGGCAGACUUAAUUUAAAAAGAUGUCACCAGGCUAGUGCAGUCUUUGGUUCCUGGUGAGGUGGCCACAGAAGCAGUUAGGGAGGAGAGCCACAGAACAGACUUUGGAAAGGAGCCCCCAAGAUCAGGCUACAUCCUGAAUUUCAUUCUGUGAUGGGAGAGAUUGGAGGGAGUUGCUUUUCCAGCCAAUUAUGUCGAGUCACUGGACUCUAACGGUUCCUUGUGUUCUUCUAUUGUAUUUGGGUUCAGUGUCCUCAUCUAGGUUUGUAUGAUGUUUGGCAAAGGACCCGGGUUAUCAUUUUUCCUCUGGGUCUAGGUCAUAGAUCUUGGAAACUCCUAGAAGAGUAUUUUGCUCCUACCAAGGAUCAGAUACCAGAGUGUUAAAUAAUGGAUUUUGUUUUACUGUGGCCUGGUCAGAGCUCUCUGCCUCUGCCUCUUGCCAUGCACAUGCACAGUAACGGCAUACUGGCUAUCACCAAGAGGGAAGUGAACCCUGACCCUCCCCAACAGGCCUCUUCCCCUUGGUGAGGCCACUUGCCCUGUAGCAACCUGUUCCUAUUUUCCCUUAUUUCCCUUCUUCUUGGCACCAGCAAAUUCCCAGUAUUUGCUCAGGUGGUUUAUAGAGAGCCUGUCUGAGGUCUUCUAUGAGCCAUGUCCUCCAGGCUUUUGUGGCUCCCUGAUCUCCUGCAACAUUCAGUAUAUGACCACUGUCAUCUCAGAAGGCUUCUGAGAAGAGGGGCAGGAGCACCUCUGCCCCCCGAAGCCUGGUCCAUCUUCUCCCCCAGGAUGUGCACCUCUCCACAUCCUGCUCAGGGGCUCAGGCCCCAACUUGGUUGUGUGUUUUGGGAGGGGGAGGCUGCUCUCCAGCUCUCUCCCAGCGGGGCAUCUAAGUGGUUCUGAAUUUUUUCCUACCUCACAGGGAUGUUGUGAGACUUUCGAAGGUCUCAAGAUGAAAGGCCCCUUGAGCUCUUUGUAGGAAAGGUGAAGUAAAUGUCAGGUGUGCUUCUUUGUGACAAGGUGAAAUGGGACUCAGCAUCUUGUGCAGCAGUCAGGCUGGUGCUCUGUGACCUGUCCUUGGAUCCCCAUGCCACCCUGCAGCUCCUUCCACCUUGAGGCCAGCCUGGGGGGGCUCUCAGAUGUUCAACAUAGAGGUACCAGGCAAACCCCUGCUACACAUGCCCUAACAAAUUGCUGAACGUCAAAGGAAAUGGACCCUGCUUUUAAGGAUGUACAAAUGUAUGUCUGCAUUGAUGUCUGUACUGUAAAUUUCUAAUUUAUCACUGUACAAAAAAAUAAACUUUGCUAUUUAAUUUUUGUAUUAAAGGAAAAUAAAGUUUUGUUUAUUAA